AUGCUGAACUAUAAUGAUAGAUUUAUGAAGAAAACUAAGGAUAACUCACACAUGUUUUCUCUAAAAACUAAAAGAUACAAUGAUCAAGAAAAUAACCAAAUGAAUGAAAAUGAAUUCUCCGAAAUAGGAAAGAACAUUGAUAAAAUUUUUGACGAAGAUGUAGAAAAUAUAAAAUUUGACAUUGAUAGGGAAUCACAUUUUUUUGUAAAAAACACGGAAUUAGAUGACCCUCCAGAAGAAUGUGCAAAAUAUGAUAAUAUGUCUGACACAAUAGAUAGUAAAUACAAAAAAAUAAAAAUAUUAUAUGACCCAACAACAUGUGGACCUUAUAUCUGUUGUAUUGCUAUUUUAUCUAAAGAAGAAAAUGAACAAAUUGAAUUUAUUUAUCCAGAUAUAAUAGACAUAAAAAAAAAUGAUAAUUUUUUUAGAGUUAAUGAUGAAAACAAUUUUAAAACAAUAACACCAUUUAAUGUUUGGUAUAGAUAUGAAGGGGACUGGGUGAAUGAUAUAAAGAUGUUAAUUUUAGAAAGAAUAUAUUUAUUUAAUGAAAUUAAUUCGAAUAAUAUCCCUCUUGAUUUUAACAAUGAUCAAACUAAUAUUUUCAAUAAGGAAUACAACAUUAUGUAUGGGGAUAGUGGUAAUAGAUAUUAUAUAAUAUCUUUAAAUUAUUUAGAAAAUUGCAAAUAUAAGGAAAUUAUUAUUAUAAGUCAAAUUCCAUAUUAUGAUUUUAUAUACACACGAUUUUUUCCCGUUGCACAAUCAUUAGUAAUGAACACAGUUAAAGAGAAAAGGGAUGAAGAAAAUAAUGACAAAGUAGAAAACUUUGAUAUGAAUAUUGAUAAGAGGUGGGACGAUGAAAUGGAUAUUAUAGUAGAUGAUAAUGAAAAAAGAAUAAAUUAUGAAAAAUUAAAAAACUUUGUUGAUUAUUUUAACACAGGAAAAAUAUUGGAAUAUAUAACUUAUGAGGAUUAUUAUGUAAGUCUAGAAAAUAGUAUUGAAAAUGUGAAUAAUAUGAAAAUAAAAAAUAUUUUAAUUUUUUUAAAAGCAAUAUUGUUAGAAAGAAAAGUAGCUUUAGUGAGUUCCAAAAAAGGGAAUACAUAUGAAAAAUUAUUAUUGUUUUUGUCAUUUAUACCUGAUAUUAUAAAUUUUGGAUUUAACAUAAAAAAUUAUAAAGGAAAGUUUGACGAAUGGAUAAAACUUAAGUUACCAUUAAUUUUAUUUCAUGGACAAUAUAUAUUGUUAUUACAUAUAAAUAACCUUCAAUUAUUUAAUGAAUACACAUUUGGAAAGAAUUAUUUAAUAUCGACAAACACAGAUAGCGAUGUAUAUAAAUAUGUAAAAGAUGUGACAGAUGUGUUAUAUGAUAUAGAUAAAGAUGAAAUAUUUAUAAAAAAUGAAGAUUUAAAAAAUGUAUUAACAUUAACUAAAUAUGAAAUUAAUUAUUUAAAAACAAUUAAUUUAUCUUAUAAAUCUUUUUUUAAUUUUUCUUCGAUACUUUUUGAAAAUAUUAAACAGUAUAAUAAUAAAAGUAGUAUUUCUUCAAAUAAGGAUGCUUCUAACACAUACUCUCAAAAUAACGCUUUUCAACAUAAUACCAACAAAAAAAAUGAUGCACCUUUUUAUGAAGAUAUGAAAAAUUAUUAUGUUACUAUUACUAAUAAUAAUAAAGGAAAACCUAUUAUGGAUAGUAAUCAGGGUUAUGUAAUUAACAAUCAGAAUAAUAUUUAUUCAAAUUGUGUUCAAAGUGUGCAUAUGAAUGAUGAAGUUAAUAAAUUGGAUGAACAAAAUGGUUUGAAAAUAGAUGUAUCACAAUGCUAUAAUAUAGAAAAAGAUAAUUAUGAAGAUGUAGGAGCAACAUCACAUGUAAAUAUAGAUAAAAAUGCUAGUAAAAAUAUUAAUGCAUAUGAACAAUGUUGCAGUCCAAUUAGAUAUAUAGAUGAUGAAGAUGAUGUAUAUAUAAUAGAUAUUAAAUCGUUAAAUAUACAACAACGAAAUAGCUAUAAUUUGAGUAUUAUUAAGAGGGAAGAAAAUAUAUCAAAUAAUAGCAUAAAUUAUAUAAAAGAAAAUGAAGAAAAUAAUGAAUUAAAAAAACAAAAUAUUACAGAAUUAAGAAAUCAUUUUCAUAAAUAUUUUGACGAGUUUUUUAUGUUAAGUAAAAAAAAUUAUGAAGAAGGUGUAAAAGAGACAAGAGAAAAAUAUAACAAUAAUUAUAAUAUUCAUUUUCUUGAAAUGUGGAAUGAAACUUCAAAUUAUAAUUUUUUUAUAGAAAAAGAUUUAAAACUAAAUAAUUUUUUAAAAAUUUCAAAAGAAAAUAAUAUAUUACUUGAUAAGGAAGAUAUAGAAAAUUAUGAUUUUAUAGAUGAUAUAUUAAUUAUUGAAAAAAAAAACAAACAACUGGAAAAUGAAGCUGAAAAUGAAAAUAUAGAUAAAACAAAAAAAGAAAUAAACAAAAAUUUAAUAGAUGUUUUAUUAAUAUCAUUAAAAGGUUAUGUAUAUGAAGGAACUUAUUGCAAAUUAAAAAAGUGCAAAGAAGGAAUUGGAAAACUUAUAUAUAAUACACAUUGUAUAACAUUUUAUGGAGAAUGGAAAGAUGAUCAAAUAAAUGGUUCAGGUCAUUUAUUGUAUUCUGAUAAAUUCAAAUAUUUUGGUAAAUUUAAAAAUAACUUAUUUAAUGGCAAUGGGUUAUAUGUUGAUUGCUUAUUAAAUCAAUAUGAGGGGGAAUUUUCAAAUGGUCUUUUUAAUGGUAAUGGGAAACUUAUAUUUAAUAAAAAUACAUAUAUUGGUAUAUAUAAAGAUAAUGAUUUAGUUGGAAAAGGGAAAAUUAUUUAUGAAAAUGGAAGUAUUUAUACAGGGCAAAUAAAAAGUUUCUUACCACAUGGAUAUGGAUUUUUAUCUUAUAAUGAUACUACAGUAUUUGAAGGUGUUUUUUGGGAAGGAAAAAAAAAUGGAAAUGGGCUUUUAACUAUAAAAAAUAAUCCAGAUUCUAAUGAAAUGUUAUGUAUUGAAGGGAAAUGGAAUAAUGAUGAACCUGAAUUAAAAAAAAGUUUUCAUAUAAUAUUUCCUAACAAAGAUAAAUAUAUAGGCAAAAUUUAUAUUUUACCUUUUGGUAUAUAUAAAAAGAACAAUCCAAAUUGUCACUAUUUAUAUAGUAAAAAUAAAAUACCUAAUAACAUAAGUAAACAAUUACAUGAUGUAAGAAAUUUUAUUGAAACGAACAUAUCCAAUACAGAUAGUAUUAAUAAUGAGACAAAUUUUAUAUCUCCACAAAGUAAAAAUUUAACUACGGAUAAUAAAAUAGAAAAUAAACUAUUUUCAAAUGGUGUUAUAAAUAUCAUAAAAUCAGUUAUUCGAAACUCUGAUGAUAUUAACAAUUUAGAAAUAAGACCCGAUAGUAAUAUGAAUAAUAAAAAAUCAAAAGAAGAUGAAACACACUCUUUGUCAGAUGAUAUAACAAAGACAAUACAAAAUAAUUCUUCAAAUAAUAAUGGCUGUAACCUAGAAGAUAGUGAAAAUGAUUCUACACAAAUAAAUUUUAACGAAAAGCUUGAAAUUUAUACAAGGAAAAAAGAAACAAAAUUAUUGAAAAAAUGUUGGGACGUAUUGGAUAAAAAUUGGAUCACUAAAAUUGAAAAUAAGUUAAAAAAAAAUGAUAAAGUUGUUGAAUAUCUGAAAGAAAAACAAAUAUAUCUUAUACCCCAUAAUAAGGGGUUAAGCAUAAUAUGUAAUAAUAAUAGUAGCAGUAAUGACGACGCUAAAAAAGAAAGCUACGAUGGAAUGUUCCUUUUAGGAAUGAAGCAUGGUUAUGGAAUAUUUUUUUAUGAUAAUAUAAAUAGAUAUGAAGGAUAUUGGUAUAAAGGAAUGAAACAUGGAUAUGGAAUUUUAUAUGAAGGGAAUAAUAUAUAUUAUACUCAUUUUAAUUAUGAUAAAUUAAUUAAAAAAGAGCAAAUAAUGCAUGAAGAGUUAUGUGAUUAUAAACCUAAAAAAGAUAAACCCAAUGAAGAACAAAAUUAUAAUGAUUUUUUAAUUAACCAAUCCUUUUUUGAUUAUAAGGAUGUUUUAUUCCGAGCCCUGAGUAAUUAUCUUUAA